GGGUGAAAACAAAAAGGUAAGCAGAAGCAUCAAGACAUAUUCAAACCUAAAAUUCCCUUUGACAGGAUCAUCACUCACUCUUGUCAUAUAAAUCGAGAGCAACAAAACCAAACCACUAAACCAUCUGCCAAUCCCCAUAGCUAAAACAGAACCAAACCAGAAAUUAAGCAAUUAUGGAUAGGAAAAGAAAGGCUAGUGAAGUUGCUUCUGAAGCUGAACAAGCAAUGACUUGGGAUGAAAUAGUGAAGGCAGCUGCGGUGGCAGCCACCGCAUCGGGAGGAGAAAGGAGAAGAAGGAAGGGAUUUUUGGGGGUCAGGCAAAGGCCAUCAGGCAGAUGGGUUGCUGAGAUUAAAGAUACCAUUCAGAAGGUAAGGGUAUGGCUAGGCACUUACAAUACUGCGGAAGAAGCCGCCAUGGCAUAUGACGAAGCGGCUUGCUUGCUACGUGGUCCCAAUACAAAGACAAACUUCUCCUCAUGUUCUAAUCCAAAUCCAUCUCUUUCUUCAAAGAUAACCAAUCUAGUUCUGCAGAGGCUUAAAUCAAACAGUUCAUGUGCUUUUUUACCCGUUUCCGAACCCAUCAAUCAGCUCCCGUUUCAGCAAUCAGUGGAUAAGUAUAAAGAAGAAACAUCAGAUUUUUUUGAAGCCCAGUUUCCCGAUUCUCCCAAUGAUCCUGAGGAUCAUUCUUUCAUCCCCAAUGAUGAAACCAAAAGCACAACCGAUAAUGAAGAAGGGGAAGAAGUGGAGGCAAUUGAUUUUAAGUUCGUUGAUAACAUAGAAUCAUCGUGCUAUUGCUCACCUUUUCAGAUUGCAGAAGUGAUUGAAACAGUAAUGGAGGAAGAGAGUUUCGGGGAUGAAUCAUCGAUGAUUAUUGGCGCGAUGAAGAGAAUGGCAUAUGAACGCAAAUUCUCAGCUUCUCUCUAUGCUUUCAAUGGGAUAGCGGAGCUGUUGAGGAUAAAGUGUGGCCCCAAAAAUGUGAGGAUAUCGGAAGAGUUGGCAGGACUCGGAAAUGCGUGUAAGAAGAAGAAAGGGAAUGAAUAUGAUGCAGAAAUGGUGGGGGGAAAGCAGGAAGAAAGCCCACAAUCUUCAUUUGAUUUGAGUGAUGGUGGAUCGCUUUGGAGCUCCCUUGAUCUUCCACCCAUCUCCACUGUCAACUCAUCUUCAAGCUUCGUCCCGUAACUUGCAUUCAUAUAACUAUUUGUUCAUGUGCAAAAACGAAUAUGGAAAAACAAAUUAAACUUUAUUUUUUUCUUGAUUUUAACCACCAGCACAAG